AUGUCGGACGGAGAAGAGACCCAGUCCAACCCCCCCGUUGCCGCCGAUGAGGUCGAGGUUUCCGCUGACGCUGGCUCCGGCCAGAUGUCUGUCCUCGAUGCUCUGAAGGGUGUCCUCCGCAUCUCCCUCAUCCACGAUGGUCUUGCCCGUGGUCUCCGUGAGGCCGCCAAGGCUCUCGACCGCCGUGAGGCUCACAUGUGUGUCCUCAACGAGGGCUGCGAGGAGGAUGCUUACAAGAAGCUCGUCGUCGCUCUGUGCUCCGAGCACAAGAUCCCCCUGAUCAAGGUUCCCGAUGGAAAGAUGCUCGGCGAGUGGGUCGGUCUCUGCACUCUUGACCGUGAGGGUAACGCCCGCAAGGUCGUUAACUGCUCUUGCGUCGUCGUCAAGGACUGGGGUGAGGAGUCCCAGGAGCGCUCCGUCCUCCUUAACUACUUCCAGACCGAGCAGUAA